UUUCUCUCUCUCAGAAUCUGAUAAAACCCUUCUGAAAACCAAUCAUAGCUCGAAGAACUGAGAAUCGAACUACUUUCACUUCUUCAAAAUGGCUCACUCGUUGAUAAGAAAAUGCAUAAAACCUGCAACCCUCAACUUCCUGACACCACUCGCAGUCCCUGAGAUUCGGCGGCGGCUAGCGUCGGUGGCGGCAGCGGCGGACGAGGACCCUCCGCAAUCGCCGUCGUCGUUCACUUUCUCGUCGGAGGGGGAGAAGGUGUACGUGAAGCCGCCGGCGGGGAAGUGGAAGCCGUCGCCGUCGUCGACGGUGACGAUGCCGAUGUCGUUCAUGACGGGGUCCAUCGUGGGGAAGCGCUUCUACAAGGAGGUGAAGACUCGCGAAGCCGAUGACGGGAACGGCUGGACGGUUAUGCUCGAUUACCGAACCCUAAAGACUCCUUCCAAGAGACCCCUCAAGCUUCCCUCUCUUCCUCUUGCUAAAGCCAUUGCUGCUGAAUGGGAAUACCAGCAAACGGAUGGCAUAAGGCCCUUCACAAUGCCUCUUAUGAGACUUGCUUGCACUGCCUUGGAAAGAGUUCCACUCACAAGGAGCAAAGUUAUUGAGAAUUUGAUGAAGAAAUUUAAUCAAGAUUUAGUAUUUUGCCGUGCACCUGAUGACGAUGAGCUGACAAGCUAUGUACAUGCUCGUCAGGUGGAGAAAAUUGAUCCAUUGCUUCGUUGGGUGGAGUCAGAAUUUGGCUUUAAGCCAGUUCUUUACACCAGCUUUUUUGGUGGAAAGCAGGAAGAUGGUCUUGUAAUGGCUAUUGAGAACCUUCUAAAGAAAACAGAUGAUUGCGAAUUGGCAGCAAUUGAUGCUAUUGCAGCAUCAGCACAUUCGUUAAUUAUAGCUAUUGGAAUGGUUCAGGGGAAAUUGCAAAUUGAGGAAGCAAUUGAACUUAUUAGACUUGAAGAAGAUUCUCAGGUGGACAGGUGGGGCCUCGUAGAAGGUGGCCAUGAUGUGGAUAUUGCUGAUCUAAGGGUGCAGGUUUCGUCAGCAAUUGUAUUUCUUGGUUUAUCAAGAUGCAUAUAGGCUUUUAACAUCCUUUCAUGUUUACGUUACCAUCCUAGGAACUAGCUAUCAGGCUAGACUAGAAUAGGAAACCAGGGGUUGUUGUCAUAUCCAGAUCUUUCCAGAGACAAUAAAUAUUCUUGGGUACGCAUAAUUUGCUUUGUAGAGUUUUAUUUAUGGUUACAGUUUUGUCAUGGGUUGAAACAUUAUAAACAUGGCUUUAAAAGGGCCUGAUUUGUACUGGAAUAACAGGUAAAAUUCUUUGUACAAGUGUUUUCUUUCAGCUUCAUUAUUCAUAGGAAACAAAUUUGUGGGUUGUGUGAAUUGGAAGAUGAUUACGAAAUAUGCAGUGUUCUUGUUGAGAUUUGAAA